UUCUGGUCCUGCAAUAAAAUGUUCGCCUCAUGCCUGGAAAUUUGGGCUGGUGUGUGUCAACAAAGUAGCUAACGUUAGCUUGCUAAAGUAACUAAGCUUUAAUUUAGUGGAUUAGGAUGUUAAGAUUAGCAUGGCGUCGGUCAGCGUCCAAAAAUAGUCGCGUGGAUCCUGCACGCCUUUUGACUUCAGCUUUUAUAGGAGGUUGUCGUCCAGUGAGUCCACAGCAGAACUCGGGGGGUUACAGCAUUGACGCUAGGUGCUACAGACGAAUUCCCCACCCACCACCGAGCGAUAGGUUAACGUUACCGCUGCUCCAUCCCCAGUCGGCCUGCUACAUAAGUUCAUCUGUCUUUCUGAACAUGGCGUCAGGGGGUGAAGGGCCGUCAUCCACCCCUCACAGACACACCAACAGGCUAGCCAAGGAGAGGUCGCCCUACCUGCUCCAACAUGCACACAACCCUGUUGACUGGUACCCAUGGGGACAAGAUGCUUUUGACAAAGCAAAGAAGGAAGACAAACCGAUAUUUUUAUCAGUGGGCUACUCAACGUGCCACUGGUGCCAUGUUAUGGAGAGGGAGUCUUUCGAAGAUGAGGAAAUUGGCAAAAUCCUUAGUGACAACUUUGUCUGCAUCAAAUUAGACAGAGAAGAGAGACCUGAUGUGGACAAGGUUUACAUGACCUUUGUACAGGCAACAAGUGGAGGGGGUGGUUGGCCCAUGAGUGUGUGGUUGACCCCUGACCUACGUCCUUUCAUUGGAGGCACCUACUUCCCUCCUAGAGACCAUGGAAGUCGACCUGGGCUCAAAACAGUUCUCACCAGAAUCAUGGACCAGUGGCAUAACAACCGUCCUGCUUUGGAGUCCAGUGGGGACAGGAUCCUUGAAGCUCUAAAGAAAGGUACUGCCGUCGCUGCAACCCCAGGAGAGAGUCCCCCACCGGCCCCAGAUGUUGCUAAUCGCUGCUUCCAGCAGCUGGCGCAUUCCUACGAGGAGGAGUAUGGUGGCUUUAGAGAUGCUCCCAAGUUCCCCACACCAGUGAAUCUGAUGUUCCUCAUGUCUUACUGGUCUGUGAAUCGCUCCACCUCAGAAGGAGUCGAGGCUCUUCAGAUGGCCUUGCACACACUCCGCAUGAUGGCGCUGGGAGGCAUCCAUGACCAUGUGGCACAGGGUUUUCAUCGAUACUCCACAGAUUCCUCCUGGCAUGUUCCCCACUUUGAAAAGAUGUUGUAUGACCAGGCUCAGCUGGCUGUAGCCUACAUAACUGCCUCCCAGGUAUCAGGUGAGCAGCUCUUUGCAGAUGUGGCUAAGGACAUACUGCUCUACGUCUCCAGAGACUUGAGACACAAGUCAGGGGGUUUCUACAGUGCAGAGGAUGCAGACUCUGUCCCAGUAUCGGGAGGGCCUGAAAAGCGUGAAGGGGCUUUCUGCGUUUGGACAGCCUCAGAAGUUCGGGAGCUGUUGCCAGAUGUAGUGGAGGACGCCACUGGCUCUACCACGCAAGCAGACAUCUUCAUGCACCACUAUGGGGUGAAGCUUCAAGGCAAUGUAGCUCCAGAAAAGGACCCCCACGGGGAGCUGCAGGGCCAGAAUGUGCUGAUCGUGCGUUAUUCCGUGGAGUUAACGGCUGCUCACUUUGGCAUCAGUGUUGAGAAAGCCAAUGAGCUCCUGGCCUCCGCCAGAGCCAAAAUGGCAGAAGUGAGGAGGAGGCGGCCACGCCCACAUCUGGACACCAAGAUGUUGGCCUCCUGGAAUGGUCUCAUGCUCUCGGCCUACGCUCGUGUUGGAGCAGUUCUGGGGGACAGGGCCUUGCUGGAGAUGGCGGUGCAGGCUGGCACCUUCCUAAAGGAGCACCUGUGGGAUGCUGAGCGGCAGACAAUCCUCCGAUCCUGUUACAGCGAAGACCAGAUGGAGGUGCAACAGAUAUCUCCGCCUAUCUCUGGCUUCCUGGAUGACUAUGCCUUCAUCAUCUGUGGCUUGCUGGACCUGUACGAGGCCACGCUGCAGACCGAGUGGUUGCAGUGGGCCGAGGAGCUGCAGCUCAGGCAGGACGAGCUGUUCUUGGAUGACCAGGGUGGAGGCUACUUCUGCAGCGAUCCCAGUGACAGCACUGUACUGCUGCAACUCAAAGAGGAUCAGGACGGAGCUGAGCCCAGCGCUAAUUCAGUGUCUGCGUCCAAUCUCCUGCGUCUUUCCCACUACACUGGGAGACAGGAGUGGCUCCAGAGGUCCCAACAGCUGCUGGCAGCCUUCUCUGACCGUCUCACCAGGGUCCCCAUAGCACUGCCUGAAAUGACCCGGGCUCUGAUGGCACAGCACUACACACUUAAACAGAUCGUGAUCUGUGGCCAGAGGGAUGCCCCAGACACCACAGGUCUUCUAGCAACAGUCAACUCCCUCUUCCUACCACAUAAGGUCUUGAUGCUCAUUGAAGAUGAUGCAGACAGUUUCCUGUGCCAGCGUCUGCCUGUCCUCUCCUCCAUGUCCCAACAGGGCGGUGUCGCCACGGCCUACGUCUGCCAGGACUAUACCUGUUCUCUUCCUGUCACUGACCCCCAGGAACUACGCAGGCUACUGCUGGACGGGACCACGGAAAUGCAGGCAGAAUGAAGGCUGUCCUCUUCAUAGACUGUGCUCCUCCAAUCUGCAGCCCUAGCCGAGCUUAUAUUUGCCAUAAAGGAAUGCAAAUGCCUAAAAAGUUGACUCACUACAUUGGUAGGAAUAGUUACAGUAAUGUGAGGUUCAAUCCUUUAUUCCAGACCUGAAACUCCAGUCUAUUCUUUAUCAGCAAUACCAGCUAAGUAUUACCUCAAAUAUCAACUCAUGUCUUUUUUAGCUGGCUUUCAGAGACAGAUGAUCAGUGGAGCUUUACUGAAAUUCUGGUGUACAAAUAUCCUUUGAAAUAUGCAGCAGUGGCAACCUACUGAAAAUAUGCAGCACUUGUACAAAAUGUCCUGGCUUGACUGUUAGCCCAGAAGUAAACUACAGACUAUGACCACUUGGAUGAAUUGGACCGACAAUAUAUUACAGAUGAAGAAGCCUUGUGUUCCAGCUCCCACAUUCAUGUCACAUGGAUCUGACAGUGGAAGCCUGUGUCUGUUUCAGUGUAUUAAAAAAAAAGUUUGUUUGCAGGUUAGUAUGUAUGUAUGUACAGAAAUUUUAAGAGUCUAUAGCGUGUGCAUUUGAUUUCAUUUGUAGUAACCUCCCAGUGAGCGAGCUGCUCCCUUAAGAUCCUCCGUUUCCCGUCUGCUCUCACCCUCAUCUCGGAUUCUCCUCCACUGCUACAGAGACCCAUGUCUCGUGGCUUUUAUCUUGAGGUUUAGACAACAACAAAUACACAGCAUGUACACGCACAACCCUGAAUAAUAAAGAUAUUUUCCUUUA